AUGUUCUUUGUAAUCAUUCCGUGUCGGGAGUUUUUCUUCUCGGCGGCCUUUGGUCUCCUGAGGAUAUACGUGAUGCUGGUGUAUGCUGCAAACAACGUGCUUUAUGAACGAGCAGAGGCUGCCCACCAGGGGCGCCAGGGUGACGAGAGCGAAUGGGGGUUCGGCCAGGUCCUGCCUGUCCUUUUACUAGCAAUCCCAUUUUCCCAAUUCGUGGAAGAACUUUGUCGUAUGUACUACUCUGUUCCCUACCUGACCACAGCGGCACCAUUGACUAAACUGGCUUUUGUGGGCCGAUCAGGAAUUGAAGAUGUUCCUUCUAAAGGACGCAAGCUUAGCACUGAACGGAGACCUUCAUCUAGUCAUACCAUCUCAGGUCACAACCAAGAGUACUACGAGCUUGCUGUCGCCUCCAAUCGAACGGGACUUGCAAGAGCAUGGACAGCGCCAUCGCGAACAGCAUACCUUGUAAGGAAGCUCGACAAGCCGCGUAUGGCUGCAGAAGUCCAUGAACACAGUAUUGACCCUAUAUUAUAG